AGAAUCAACGGGAACCCUUAAAAACGACACACACACACACACACACAAUAUACAUCCCCUUUCUUCUCUUUUUUUUCUGUUUUUAUUGUAUUUUUUCAACUUAAAAACAGUUGACAACAUUUUCUGAGAUAUACCAUCUACUGAUCAUUACCACUCUACACACAGACUUAUCUAAAGACAGAUAGACACUAUGGCUCCCAUCGAUAGUACUCCAGUUGAUCCCAAUGCUCCUUUACAGAAGAAGCCCAUCUCGUAUAAGAAUUUGUUAUUAGGUGCCUCUCUCAAUAUGUUUGAAGUCUCCACCUUGGGUCAACCUUUCGAAGUCAUCAAAACACAAUUAGCCGCCAAUCGUGGUCAAUCCUUGGUCACUGCCUUGAAAAAUAUCUAUGCUCGUGGUGGUCUUUUAGGCUUCUACCAAGGUUUGAUCCCUUGGGCUUGGAUCGAAGCUUCUACAAAGGGUGCUGUAUUGCUCUUCACUGCCUCCGAAUUUGAAUAUCGCGCAAGAGUGGCAGGUGCUUCACCUUUCCUUGGUGGUAUUGCUGGUGGUAUGGGUGGUGGUAUCGCUCAAGCAUACACAACAAUGGGUUUCUGUACUUUUAUGAAGACUGUAGAAGUAACACGUCAUAAAUCAGGUGCCAAGGAAUCAACACUAAAGAUUGCUGGAGAAAUUUUAAAGAAGGAAGGUAUCGCUGGUAUCAAUAAGGGUGUCAAUGCUGUUGCCCUCCGUCAAUGUACAAACUGGGCUUCACGUUUCGGUAUUACACGUUUUGCCCAAGAAUCUAUUAUCAAUGCACGUUACGGAAAGGGCAACGAACACCGGGCUACUGCUAUUGAUAAGGCACUUGCUUCUGCCAUCGGUGGUGCUUUGUCUUGCUGGAAUCAACCCAUUGAAGUGAUUCGUGUUGAAAUGCAAAGUCAAGUGAAGGCAGUAGGUCGACCAGAGAAUAUGACAAUUGCUACAGCAACAAAAUACAUCUAUGAGAACAACGGUAUGAAGGGCUUCUACCGUGGUGCUUUACCCCGUAUCGGUUUGGGAAUGUGGCAAACACUUUGUAUGGUUGCACUGGGUGAUUACUUCCGUGCUUUCUUUGGUACAAAUUAAACCUUUUAUCUAUUCGCUGUUUGUAAAAUUAUAGACACAUCAAUUGUUUAAUUCCUAUAUUUAUACAUAUAUGACUAUCUAUCAUAAAAAAUGCCUUCUUUCUUGCUUUCGUGAAAAAAAAAAAAAAAGUGGAUGCUAGUUAUUCCGAAAAAAAGAACCAACUUUAUAUCACCAUUUUCUGUCCCCUUCAAAACAGCCGUUCACAGUGAUGAUAUAGUAAAGUGUCUGCCUUCUAUUUGUACAUGUAUUAAAAGAUAACUUGUUCAAUAAAAAGAAUUGCUGAUCACUGACUAUCAUUUUAUCACUGUUGUGCUGUUUCCGUGCGAG